AUGUUUGGCAGAGAGUUGAAAACCAAACUUCCAGAGUUGAGGAGUGCUGGUAACCUGUUGGACGAGAGGGUCAGAGAUCGUGAUUGGAAUCACAAGUUCACCCACAAGGAACAUGCUGACGACAAGCGGGGUGCAGCCGAAAGCCCUGUAGUGCCUGGAGAUCUGGUUUUACUGAAGAACACGAAAACGUCUGGCAAGUUAGAAGCAAACUUCGAGAGUGAGCCAUACACAGUGCAGACUAAGGAAGGCAGUGAGGUGACUGUUAGGGCAAAGGAGGGUGCGGAAUACAGGCGGAACAGUUCAUUUGUUAAGCGGUACAACCCACCAGGGGAAUCCUCGGAAGCCACAGAAGCCGCUUCUCAAGAAAAACCCAAUACUCUUCCACUGGAGGAGAGUAUAGCGACAUCAAGACCAAGGCGGACUGUCAGAAUGCCGGAGAAGUACAAGGACUAUGUACAAGGACUAUGA